AUGCUAAUGCUGCUCGGUGGAGAAAUGUACAAGGAUAAUGGCGGAGCAUUUGCUGGUGGUAAUGAUGGUCAAACAAAUGGUGUUACAGCAACUGGAGGAAUGGCUGGAAAUCCGAGUCAACAAAUAAGUACAACAGUGUCAACUGGACGACCUCAAACAAGUUUUAAAGCAAAACGUGGUUUUCCACGUAAUAAUAAUCGUUAUGAUCCAAUGGGACGAGGUGGAGGCGGAAAUAUGAUGGGUAGUAACGGAAACAUGAUGGGUGGUGGUGGUUGGGGUGGUCAGCCACAACAGCAACAACAAAUGAGUGGUGGGCCAUAUGGAAUGGAUCCAUUUCAACAAGGUGCCUAUGGUAUGCAACAACAACAAUACGCCGGAUAUGAUCCAUAUUAUGGACAAGCAGCUGCUUAUAAUCAAGCAGCUAUGUACGGUGGACAAUAUGAUCAACAACAACAAUCUGUUAUGUAUGGUCAUCAACAACAACCACAAGGCUUAGUUGUUAAUGACGGUACAAUACCACCUGAAUCACCAAAAGGUGGUCAUGUUGUUUAUGUCUAUGGUAUUGGACAACGAGCAACUCAACAAGAACUAAUUCAAUUAUUUCAACAAUUUGGUCGUGUUUUACGAGUAGAUAUAAUUAUCGAUUUUAAUACUGGACUAUGUAAAGGUUUUGCGUUUGUGGCGAUGGAACGUUAUCAAGAUGCACAAAUGGCAAUACAAAGUUUAAAUCGAGCUCCAUUUCAUGGACGUCCAUUACAAGUUCGAUUUAAAACCAAUUAA